AUGGCAGCCAUGGCGCGUGAGACGUCUGCGUUUGGCGGACGGUCGACACGCGAGCCAGAGCUGCUUCUAGAGGACUCUGUGGUGCGUGUACGCCAACUGAUCCCUUCCCUCCCGCCGUCCGUCGUCGGCGCAUUGCAAGCUGAUGCGUAUGCGUCGCCGAGUGUCGGUGGAUUGGACCGUGACACAGACUACGCGUACUGUGCUACGAGUGAAUACUGCUACGUAUGGCGCUCCUCAAGCGCUACGCCCACAUGUUAUACCUUCCCUGUACCACCUUCCUCGUCGGCGCAAGCGCUGCCACACUGUGUCUUCCUUCCCCGCCCGCUGAAUUCGAGUGCAGAGCCGGCGCUGAUGCUGUGUAGCAAACAUGGCGAUGUCGUGUACUGGGACACAGUGAGUGAUGCAUUCACGGCGCAGGCAGCGUCUUCGUCGACCAAGACGGCGCACUUGACGCUGAGCGACGGCGAGGUGGUGACCACGGCUACACGUAUGGAUGCGAGUCAGGUGCUUCUCGGUACAUCGCAUUCGCGUCUCUUCCGCGUGCAUGUAUUUGUACUCCAUGGCCACUCGCAACUGCAAUCUCAUCUUAUCACGGAAUCGCGAGGUCUGCUGGGCCGCUGGUUUGGUGGCUCGCAUGCCGCGGGUGAUUCGCAUGUGGCCGUGCACUCGUUGGUUGUCACACCGCCUACCAGCGAUGGUGUAAGUACGGUACUCGCUGUGAGUGCACAUGGCAUGCAAGUAUGGAGUGUCCCGCUGAUCAAGGGUACGAGUGCUGCCGGCUCGCCUCGUCUCUUGCAUGCGGAUACGGGCAUCCACAAAACGCUUGCCAGUCGUAUUUUGUACGCUCGUGGCCAGCGCUACAGCGCCGCGGAUGCGAACCGCAUUGCGCUUGCGGAUGCCGCGUACAUGGCACGCGAACAUGCGUGUGUGUUGCUCUAUAUUGAUCGAACGCGUACUUCGGCCUCGUACGGCUUGGCGAUUGUCGAUAUGCCCACCGAGUCAGCGACGACACAGACUGUGCGUCGUCUGCUUCCGCUGCAUUACGAGCAGGCCGAGGACCCACGGCCUUCGAGCAUGCCACGUCUCCAUGUAUCUUCGUCGAAGCCGAGCGUGGCGUUUGUGACGUUUAGCGGCGCGGUCGUUGCGCAAUUGCUAGCCGAUCCAUGUGGUUCCGAUGAAGUGCUCAAGUUGCGGCAUGGCGCCGAUCGAUUCCUAGGUGCAUGCCUGCCGAGCGAUACAUCACAUGUGCGAUGGACCGCAUUGACGUCCUAUAGUGGCUUGCUGUUCCUUGAUAUCGACGUCGCACGCGCGCAGCAGCAUGCCUUGGACGAGGAGCCGACAUCGCCACGUGCCUUGGAAGCACAGGCAGAACGAUUGCAGGAGCAUCUAGAGCGUGCCGUGUGGUUUGAAGACGAGACGAAUCCAUUGCAGCUCGAUGCGCUGCCGGAUCAUUUGGAUACGGUGCUGCUGGAGCAGGGCGUCGUGCGCAUGAGUGAGGCCAUUCUGGCCAGCCGUUUGACAUGCAUGCCAGCGACGAUUGAUUUGCGGACACAGCUCGCGCAGCGUGUUGUGUGUGCAGAGCGCCUUGUCCAGGUGCUGGGCCGGAACGGGUACUGGGCGCCCCUGUCUAUCGGCGUGCGUGCCCAAGUGCGUGCCAAGGCUGAGCUGGUAGCCGGCGCAAGCGACAUGUGGCGUUUGUACGAUGCAGAGACGCGUAUGCCCAUCUUGGCGUCGGCCAUCCAGAGCGUGCUGGGCGACGCACAGGAACGCACAUUCUUUGAGCGGGAGUUGGUGCGCAUAACCGAUGUGCUGGCCGCGAUGCAAGCGCAGCUUCGACCGUCGAAUGCUGUCGCAGCUACGCGCUUGGUUCUCGCAUUGUAUUUGGGCGCUAUGCGUUUCCGUGCCGAGCACAUGGAUCUGUACCAACUCCCAUCCAUCCCGGCCAUGUCGCAUAUCCCAUGGUACGCCACGGCGACGUGGACCGACUUGCUGGAGUCGCUCUUUGACGCUGCGCAAACGCGUUUGUCGACGUCCAAGGACCCGCAUGUGGAGACAGAGGCACGAACGCAGCUGUGUGCGCUGGCCGAAGGGGCGCUGCAUGCGUACGAAGCGCGCCUGGCGUGUCUUGCCCAUGACGAAGACGCGCGUCAUGCUGUGCAAGCACAGUUUGAUCGCACGCGCCCUGCAUUGCUCCAUCCGCUCUUGCAUAUGGGACGUGCUGAUAAGGCGUAUGCACUUGCCGAGCAGCACCGCGACUUUGCGACACUUGUUGCGCUGUGCUUUGAUCAGGGGCCUAGUGAUACCAAGCGCGCGAAGCAUGCGCAUCCCUCCACGCCGGCCCUUGCAGCGAAAGAUGUGCGUGUCGAGCAGUAUUUGGACACGUACGGUAUGGCGUUUGCGACGGAGCUGUACCAGUACUAUAUUCAGCAUGGCGCUACGCGCCGUUUGCUGGAGCCGCAACCCGAGCAUGCGGCGUUGGUCACGCAGUUCCUUGCGGCACACCCAGAGCAUGCACGCAUUGCCUGGCUGCAUGAUGUAGCGCAAGGCUCGUUUGCGCAGGCCAGCGCUACGCUUACGCAGUGUGCGUCGCGAGAGCAGGAAAGUAUCGAGGCGAAGCAGCAGUGCCUGAGCCUCGGCAAGUUGAUGCAUUUGGCCUCGCUUACGUCGAUGAACGAGGUGCAGACACAGGCCGAGCAGACGGUGCUCGAGGCCUGGGACGACCAGUUGGAUCUCGUGCAUGUGCAAACGCGGCUGAAGCGGCGGUGGGACGAGGCGGCUAUGCUGCCAGACGCACCAGCGCCAGAAGCGCAGGCAGACUAUCUCGUGCAGAUGAUCGCGCCGCACUUGGGCGAGCAGCGUCCUGCGCUGCGAACCCUGUUUGUCACGCUCGCAGCGCAGGUCGUGCAAGGCCAUGUCGUGCAGGCCGAAGACAUGAUGGAACUGCUCACCCUGCCAGAGCGCGCCUUUGCUGCGCCGCAGGAUAUGCCUCUGACUGACUUUGCGAUGGCCGCGCAGGUCUUGGUACGCACGUCGAUGCCGGCAGCCCGUCGCGAGGCUGCGCGUAUGAUGUUGUGGCGCCGUCUGUAUCUGCUCGAUGACUGGUACGCACUCAGUGAGACCGCGCAGCUCAGUGAUGAGCAAGUUCUAACGCUGGUCCGUGGCACGGCGGCCUUCCAUACCGUGAAAAAUGUGCUCGCGGACGCUAGUACCGCCUCGCUUUUAGCGUCGCCGGACGUCGUGGCAGCCUCGUCUCUGCCCCCACGCGACGCCCUCUCAGAACGAUUCCCAGGCCUGCCGGCCGAGCAACUUGAUUCGAUGUAUACGGCAUACGAAGACGAAACGCAUGCAUUGCAGCAGAUGGUCCGUGAGACGAAACUCUCGGCGUUCUUUGCGCGCAUCGUCGCACUUUCUGCCGAUGCAACAGCGGAGUCUGCGCCCCCCCCUACCUCUGCGGUGGAUCAAGAGAUGGCCGAUGGCAGUACAGACGAAACGAUGCCAGGAGCCGCAUCCGUGGCGAUGUUAACAUAG